AUGACUGUAUUGAAAUGGUUGAGCAUUUGCCUGACCAUGUUCUGCCAAGGCACAGCAGCAUCCAAACCUUGCAGGUGGACGCAGUCUAGGUUGAGGAGCAUGAACGAUAAUAGCAUAGUUCUGCUCUCAGAGAUGGUGAGAAAUUUAAAUUGCAAGUGUGCUGUUUGGUGUGCACAAAUUGAUGCGCAAGGUUCGUUAUGAUAUUCACAUUUUUAUUUUGCAUUAUAGCACAUGUUAUGUCUAACCAAUGCUUUCCCUCUCUGUACCACAAUAUUUAAUUUAAGGUCACUAUCCCAAUACAGUUAACUUAUUGAUAUUGAUAUGAGUUCUAUUUCAGGGUGGAUACUUUCCACGUAUGUGUGCAGAAGAAAAAGACAAACAAAUGUUUCCAGAGGAUGUUUACAUGAACACACAGGUAGGAUACGCUUCAGUAUCGUAGCAAGAUUUUGAUAGCCUAAACUACAGUAUGACUUCUUGAAAUUUCAAAAUGGUAUGUGCCUAAAACCCUAUUUUAUUUUAUCCAGGUCGAGGACGUCUCUGUGGUUGCAUUAGAGGCUAUGGGAUAUGUGGCCCAAUUAUUUAACAAAAGCCUGACUUCU